GCUAUAUAAACACCCCUUUCUAUCAAAUCAUAUCUCCAAAUAUUAUCCAAUUCCAAUUCAAAAUCCCUACAAACCAUGUCCUUCUUCUCCAAAGCUCUCAUUGCUUCCCUCUUCCUCUCUUUGCUCUUCCUCCACUCUGUGGAAUCCAACGGCGUGGGUUUAAUCCCUCCAAGUCCUCAGAAAAUGGAUUGCGGCGGCGCGUGUGCUGGGAGGUGCAGGUUGUCGUCGAGGCAGAGGCUGUGCAAUAGAGCGUGUGGGACAUGCUGUCGGCGCUGCAACUGUGUUCCGCCAGGGACUUCCGGCAACCACCAUCUCUGCCCCUGCUACGCCGCCAUGACCACCCACGGCGGCCGCCUCAAGUGCCCUUGAAGUGACCGUUGACAGUUGACCUCCUCAACUUCUAUAUAUAUAAAUAUAAUGCGUAAAUUAUCAUAAACUGAGUCUUUUUUUUUUCUCCUCUCUCUCGAAGAGGAGAUCAUGGAUGUACACUUAUUGUGGUGUUUUCUUCUUUUUUAUUUAUGUAUACAUAAAACUAAUUCGCUAUUUUGGUGUU